GCCGAUCCCCAAAAUAUCCCAAGGGAGGGAGGGAUGGCCUGGGACGGCCUAUACUUUACGUGGGCCCGCAUGCUAUGCUGGUCCAGCACGGCCCGUUUUAAAAAUCAAUAGCUAUCAAACAUCUGUCGUGCGAAGUUGAGUGAGCUUGCCAUAAUUGUCUGAAAUAAAAACAGAAGACUCUUUGGCGUCCUUGAACUGCUCCAAGACCGGAACGGGAUUCUAGUAUUCUUGAACUUGUUUGUUCGUUGGGUAUCUCUCCAUGUUCUUGAAUUCUCUGAAGAUUGGUACAAAUGCUUUCUUGAUGCUAUCUUGACAUGGGUAUCCAACAUUAAAAGCAGCCGACGAGAGUCACGAGGCAACAUUUUUGUUCACGCAUUUUAUCAAAGACAAGAGCAGCCAUGUCUGAUCUACUGCACUUCACAUACAUAUCUCUGCAUGGGUUUGCAGGACAAUAAUGAAACUUUGAGUAGCGAGGGAGAUUUGCGACUGUCUCCCACUCCAAUCAAGCACCAUGAGGAUCGGAACUCUAAUUAUCAGAGAAUUGGAGGAUCAAUUUGUACCCGUUUUGCGAAAUUGCACCAACACGACCGACUUGAAGAAGAUACACUCUCACAUCCUUAAGUACUCUCUGUCGCAAAGCAACUUCUUGGUAACGAAGAUGGUUCAUAUAUGUAGUAUUAAUGGAGAUACAGAUUAUGCAACUUUGCUCUUCCAGCAGAUGAUCGAGCCCAACGUUUUUCUGUACAAUGCGAUGAUCAGAGCCUAUACCCAUAACCACUUGUAUAGUGAAGCUAUCUCAAAUUACAAACAAAUCAUGAGAAACCCACAAGACAAAAAAUUCAUUUUUCCUGACAAAUUUACAUUCCCCUUCGUAAUAAAAGCCUGCGCUGGACUCCUUCAACUGGAUCUUGGUAAGCAGAUUCAUGGUCAUGUUUGCAAAUGUGGGCCACCUUUAAAUUCUGUGGUCGACAAUUCACUUGUGGAUAUGUACACGAAAUGCGAUGAGAUGACUGAUGCAUAUAAAGUCUUCGAGGGAAUGACAGAGAAAGAUGCAGUAUCAUGGAACACGAUUGUUUCCGGACAUGCCAGAUUAGGAGAAAUGAGUAAGGCGAGAGCGAUCUUUGAAGCUAUGCCGGAUAAGACAGUUAUUUCCUGGACUGCAUUGAUUUCAGGGUACACUCGAAUUGGAAGCUACCCUGAUGCAUUGUAUGCCUUUCGCCGGAUGCAGGAAGUGGGUAUUGAACCGGAUGAGAUUAGUGUUGUUUCUGUUUUGCCAGCCUGCGCACAGUUAGGUGCUCUGGAAUUGGGGAAGUGGAUACACUUUUAUUCCGACAAAAAUGGGCUCCUGCAGAAGACUUUUGUAUGUAAUGCCCUGAUUGAAAUGUAUGCAAAAUGUGGGAGCAUCGGUCAAGCUUGGAAACUGUUUGCUCAAAUGCCUGAUAGAGAUGUUAUCUCUUGGAGUACAAUGAUCGGAGGUCUAGCAAAUCAUGGUAAGGUUCGAGAAGCGAUUGAGUUGUUCGAGGAAAUGAGGAAAUCUCCAGUGGAGCCUAACAGCAUUACCUUUCUAGGGCUUCUAUCAGCUUGUUCUCAUGCUGGUUUCCUAGCUGAGGGAUUACAGUAUUUGGAUUCUAUGAAAAAGGAUUAUGGUAUCGAUCCAAGUGUUGAACAUUAUGGAUGUGUGGUGGAUCUUCUUGGGCGUUCUGGUUACCUUGAUCAGGCUGUUGAAUUAAUAAAUAAUAUGCCUGUUCAACUGGAUUCAACCAUUUGGGGAUCAUUGCUCAGUGCCUGUAGAACUCACGGCAAUCUUGAGAUUGCCAUUAUUGCAAUGAAGCACCUGAUUGAGCUCGAACCACAUGACACCGGGAACUAUGUCCUACUUUCAAAUAUUUAUGCAAGGCUGGGGAGGUGGGAUGAUGUAUCAAGGAUGCGCAAGGAAAUAAGAAGCAAGAAUAUGAAGAAAACUCCAGGAUGCAGCUUGAUUGAAGUCAACAAUGUGGUUCAAGAAUUCGUUGCUGGAGAUGAUUCAAAACCUUUUUCAGAUGAAAUUUAUUCGAUGCUAGAGCUGCUGGCCGUGCAUCAUAACAGCAACAGCAGCAGCACCAUGAUUGAGGAUAUUGCAAUUAACUUAGAGUAACAAUCAAUCUUGACUUCCAACAAUAUCUCAAACUUAUUUCACGUUAAUGGGUGAGCUGGCCUCUUUUAAGGAGGAUUGGAACCUGCAAAUUGCUCUUUUCAUCCCUAUUUAUAUUGUACAGAUUAGUCAAGAAUAGUGCAGAUUAGGUGAUUUGCAUCCAUGUACAAGACAGAAAGACAACCCUCCAAUAAAAAAAGAAGGUAUAGAGCUGUCACUAUAUACAAGAAAGCCCCCUUUCUGUUCUCUUUUUAUCUUCUCAAGAAAUUAUGCCAAAAGAAUUCAUCAAAGGACAAGCGAUUCACUACAAAAAAGCAUAAAUUCAUUAUCUAUUUGGGGGUAAAUGUAAGAUAACAGAAGCUUGUGAAAUUGAUAAAGCUGAAAUGCUAAACCUGGAUUUAUACAGAGUAGUCUUCAACAAAUGUCAACACAGUCGGGAUGCAGACCAGGAAGGAUAAGCUGACAAAAUGGCAGAGAUGUACACUUCUUGAUGUUCUGUAGGAGCUGAAAUCAACAAAUAAUGAGGAUCAGUUUUAGUUGCCUUACUGGUGUUUGUAAAAGUAAGGAACUACCUGUACAUUGCUCCUUCCAUAGAAAGGUGGAUAUCCAUUCAGAAGCUCAAAAAGAACUGCACCUAAGCUCCACAUAUCAACCUGUGUAGGAAUUUUUGUUUCA